AUGGUCUCUACCAAGGAAACAACGAGUUUAGCGACGACCACUUUGGGAAGCACAACGACGACCCCACUUGGGACAACCAGCAGCCUACAAAGUUCGACAACAUUCUCAACAAAGCCAUCUACCCGCUUGACUACGACGAAAUACAUUUCCCCACUUCCUCCUAUCGUAUCCAUCCCACCUACCACCACCACCACCACCACUCUCAGAACUACUGCCACCACUACAACUGCCAGCACUACCACUACUACUACUAGCACUACCACUACUACUACUACUACCAGCACCACUACCGCCAUCACCACGGUAACCACUGCUUUAACCACUGCUGCACCAAAAGCGUUAAAAGCGGUGAGGGAAAAAGCGGAUGAAUCAAACGGAACCGUAACCAUCAUAAUAAUAGCGGCUGUAGUAUUCUUUUUACUGUGCGUAGUCGGUCUGAUUUGGGGGCUGGUAUUGGAGCGGAAGAAAAAGAAGCGUAAACUGCAACUGCUGCGGAAGUUGGAAAUUGAGGAAAAAGAGAGGAGCAGGCGACGAAGAAUGAAAAGAAAAAGAAAAGCUAAGAAGAAAAAAGCCAAAGAGAAAGCAAAGAAAGCAAAGAAGACCGCAGAUCAGAGGCUAAAGAAUGCGCUGGAGCAGUAUCUAGCCGGACAGACUGAAACAUACGAAACACCAGGGGAACCCGAAGUACAAGUCGAGAUACCUAAACCGUUCGUGAAACCGGCACAGAUUCAGUCUGCUUCGUCUUCCAAAUCAAAACCUCGAGAAGCCGCGUCCGAUUCGGAAACGAAGAAAUAUGUGCAGGUUGCGCCCUCUGAGAAAGAUACGGGCCCUCAAGUACAAAGCAGAACUCCUACUGGGGGAUCAGAAAGAAUUUCUGUUCCGACUCCAGCUCCAGAACAAGCAGCUGCUCGUCAUGUAUCGUCACUGCCGGGAUCUGAGAACACUGAAAGCCCCGCAAAAGUCAAGGACGACACCUAUGAGCAAGUGGACAUCAAUGCCGUUGUUCUGGAACCAGCUCCAGAACCUCCAAAAUAG